GAACUAAUUGUUACAAGUCCCUUAUCAUACACUAGAUGACCACAAAAAAAAGACUGAGACUCGUGCUUGUGUGCGACGGUUGCCACGGUAGAAAGAUCAAGUGUGACAGGCAGGUACCAUGUAAUAGCUGUAAAGCCCGCGGAAUCGGAGAGUUGUGUCGCUACUCUGCAAUCCAGACUGAGUUGGCCAAGCAGGGAAAAGUCGUCACAACAGAUCCAACUGUGCUGGAGGUGGCCAAGUUGAGCAACAGGAUCGAGGAGCUAGAAGCGAUGGUUCUGGUUCUCGCAAGUCCUGGAUCGAGCCUGCACUCACCUUCAGUGAAAAGUCUAAGUUAUGGGGAGCCACCAUCGCCUUCUGUGGAUGAUGACUACACAAUCCCUAACUUCUUCUUUCCCUCUACGGACGACUCGAUUAUGCGAAAGAGUGCCAUGUAUAUGGGAAAUCACCUUUCGUUUUUUAUGGUACUCGCUAAAGAUAAUGCCCAUAAUGCCUUCUGGUAUACCAAUGGUGAAAAGUUUCACAAGAAAAAAAUAGCUUUGUGCAAAUUGGAAGGAGUAGGACAGCUCUUGGAUAAGGAUCCUGAGCACUACAAGACAGUGGAAAAAAAAUGCCUGGUGUAUUUCGGCGACAGCUAUAUUCCUAACAAUGCCAAACCUUCGUUUGAAGUGAAAAAGGCCAUAAAUGCUUACCAAAGCCAGUUUGGCCGUGUGAUGUUUUUUGAUAACUAUAUCUCCGAUUGCUCAUUAUACUUGAAAGCUUCGUACAUUUUGCCAUCCAGGGAGAUUAUAUUUCGGUAUAUGGAGGUGUGGUUUCAGCGUUUGGGCCCAUACUUUCCCAUCGUCGAGCAAGUUGGAUUUUCUAAAGCGGUUGGAAGGAUUAUCCUUGAAAGAGAUAAUAAUAGCCCUGGGGUCCGAUUGAAUAUUGAGGUAAAAUCUGACUUGGCGGUUUUGAGUUGUCUCUUAUACUUGUUGAGACUAACCUAUUUGUAUAUGGUGUCCAUUGGUCAAAAAUCCACAAACAUGGAUCUCGCUGCAUUCCCCAUUUAUGUGGAUGUCAUUUCCAUAGCCAGAGAAUGUUUGAAGGAGAUUCCAUUGCUGCAGGUACCUAUAAUAGAAGUUCUUGAAGCCCAUACUUUUGCAAAGGUCCAUAAAGAGUUUUCCCAUGAUGAAGGUGAUGGGGUAAGAGAAGGUGACACCUAUGUACGAAUCCUUAUUCCCUAUGCAAUUGCUUGUGGUUUGCACAGGGAUCCGGGGGUGGAGACACCGUGGAUGGACCAGAAUCGAAGAAGAAAAUUGUGGUUUUUUCUUGUUUCUCUAGAACUCUAUGAAGUGGCUGUUUUUGGGCGUGAAAUGACUUCCUUGACUUGUUCCAAUGUGAAUCUAGAAAAAGUCAACAUUCCUGGAGACGAUGGUUUCUACCAUGCCUUUUCAAGGUCACUUUCACUAAGAGCCAUACUUCAAAAGUUGACAGCUCUUGCUUCAGACUUGACUAAAGGUACUGGUGUAGACCAGUUUGCAAACUUGACGAGCCAAUUUGAAUCUGUCAUUGAAUCGAGCUAUGGACCAUUCGUUUCCCGAGUCCUUCGUCAAGUUGAAAUUCAAAACGACCCUAAAAGUGUAUUGGAAUUAUAUCACCUUUUCUCAUUCAAAAUCUGUUGUUUGAGGUUGAACUAUGCCCUCUACCUCGUCUAUGAAAAGAAGGGUGAUGUACAGCUUCUGUACAAGUACUAUAGUCGGGUAAUGGAAAUUUUCUUUGGAGAAUUUUUUCCCCUGUUGGCAAUUAUCUUUGAAAACAAGGAUCAUAUUGAUCCAAUGCUCUUCAUGUUCACCAGAACCAUAUUUACCAGACUAUUUAUAGUCUUUCUUUUGUUCAGUGUUACCGCAAUCAUUCAUAUGAAUCAUACUAUCAGGUACCAGGUGGAUAAGGAGGGGGUGGAACCUCCAAAGUUUUAUUACGAUAUCACCUCCAACAUCCGUCGUUUAUGGAGCUACGCUUGUAGCUUUUGUGGGUUUUAUGCAAAUAGGUUCUUCACUUACUGGACUAUUGUGAAAAUGUUGAUGUUAAGCAUGGAGACCGUAGACAUGUAUUUGACGUUUCCUAGUCAAUGUGAAGGUUAUAGUGCUCGUUGGAUGUUCACUGUGCCUCAAAUGCAACAUUUGGCUGAAACUAUUGAAAACGCUACCGUCUCAUGUAAACCUAAGUCUUGGCCAGCUCAGAAGGGUGCUAACUUCGAGUGGUUACAACUUAUUCCAUAUGAUGAUCGGAAAUCUCUUCAAGAGAAUCUUGAAACCCAAAGGCUCCAUAUCAACCAAAUUGAUGCUACUUGGAAUGUAUUUGGCAAUGCGAUCCAAGACCCAAUCCCAGACACCUUUAAAAAUACUGAUGCUUAUUCAGACUCCCAAGUAUCCUCUCUAAUGGAUCCUGAUAUGAACAGUUUGGAUUUCUUCGGAGUUGGAUUUCCUCUGAGCCUUAAAGAAUUCGUGAUGAGUGAGGACUACUUCCGUGUGUAACCUUCUGAAAGUUACUAAUUAUUGUACAUACCUUAUUUAAUAUAUGCACUAGUCUAUGUGAAGUAAUCAUCUUGUGCUAAUUCCAUUAUGUGAUUGUCAAGAUAUUUUGCGUUGAUACUAUAAUCCGCCAUCAGUGAGCUGAAAACAUCAUAGAAUCGUGAAUAAAUGUCAGACGAAAACUGAUCAUAGUCAGCCUCAUCGAAUACUGUUGUAUACUUACGGUAGAGAUCCAUGUUGUAGCUGUCGACGCUGGGGGCUUCCCUUGGCAGGUCAGGGAUAGAAUCCUGUAACGUGUAUGAAGAAAACUUCAAAUGCUUAGAGUACAUCUCUCUGUCAGAGUCGCUGACCGUAGUUAAGCUUGAGUCUGAGCUUCCGUCUCCGGCAUGAUCAUUAUUUCGGGUAUUGGGUGCAGAGGAAGAAAAUUUGUAUUCAUCCUUUUUUGGAUAUCCAUUCACUCUGGAGUAACCCAAUUUUUCCAUUCCUGAAGUAAGCAAGUUCUUGAUCUUAUUGGUAUUGGUGAUGUUGAGAUAGUUGUAGCUCGAAUUUGCAUCUAGUUUUGACAUCUUUGUUUCCGACCCCACUG